AUGGAUCCUCUAAGUGUUACUGCAAGUGUGAUCGCUGUCAUUCAGAUUGCGAGCGUGGUCAGCACUCAUUGUAUGCACUAUAUAAAAUCGGCCAGAAACACAAAGAGUCUAAUUCUACGGUUGAUCCAAGAAUUAGGCGGACUUCAAAUAGUACUCAGGACACUAGAGGAUCUGACACAGCGUGGCACUCAUGUACUCCAAAACGGAGAGGAUGAAGAUGCGGAAGAAGAGUCCUAUCUACUACCGACUUUACACAAAUUGUGCCAGCUAGAAUACGUUUUUGAAGAAUGUCUUCGCAAGUUGGAGCAAUUAGAGCGGGAUAUUGUACCCUCGAGCCAAGUCAGCCUGACGAAGAAGGAAUCGUUUUUUCGAGCAUUACACUGGCCGCUGAAAGAAGCGUACAUGAGAAACAUUAUGGACGAUAUUAAUCAUUACAUUGCUUUGUUCAGCUUAGCUCUAACCCUAGAUGAAACUGACAAUAUGUUGGAGAUUCGGGAAAAGACGUUUGAAACCCAUUCCAUGGUAAAGUUACUUCAGUCACAGAAGGAGGAAGAAAGCCGGCGCGAACAAGGAGAGAGAAUUGUCAAGUGGCUCGCAGCACCAGACUCUUCGGUUGACCAUACACAUGCCUUGCGUCUAAAAACCAAAAACACAGGCACGUGGCUAAUACAAGACAAGAAAUAUAAGGACUGGAAAGACAAUUCAGGAUCCUUGUUAUGGAUAUAUGGCAUUGCUGGCUGCGGAAAAACCAUACUUACAUCGACAAUUGUCGAAGACCUUCUCAAGAGCACCGAGCUGGAUAUGAGCCUGGCGGUGGCUUAUUUUUACUUUAAAGGAGAUGAUAAAGACAAGAGGACUUUAUCCGGGAUGUUACGAUCUUUGCUAAAACAGCUUUUUAAUCACGGUAAGCGAACAUCAGACGUCUUACCGGAGAUUUUUGGAAACGGAAAUCAGCAACCAUCAUCAGAGCAGCUACUUUCCUCUUUAGGUAAUAUAUCUCGGGAAUUUAAUGACGUCUUCUUUGUCUUGGAUGCCCUUGAUGAGUGCGAGGAGCUGGAGACUAUUUUUGAUGUUCUAGAAGAGAUGGAAAAAUGGACAGAAAGCAAGGUUCAUCUGGUCUUCACAAGCCGGGAAACCAAAGACAUCAAAGAAUUUGUUGAUGGUUUAGAAAUGAACAAAUCCAUGAUUCGGCUUUCCGCUGCUCUGGUGAAGCAGGAUAUUCGAAUGUAUAUCCGAGACCGACUCCGCACUGACAGGAACCUUAAGCGGUGGCGCAGUCACCCUAAAGUUCAGGAGGAAAUUGAAGAUUCACUCGUCGAAAAUUCAGAUGGGAUGUUCCAAUGGGUUAUGUUCCAACUGAUAUCACUAGUGAAUUGCCGAAAGCCCCAGGAACUACGACAAGCGCUGACAACUAUGCCGAAAGGAUUGAAUGACACAUAUGCUCAAAUAUUGAGUCGAAUUUCUGACAAUGACUAUGAGGUUGCCAUACGAAUACUUCACUGGCUGUUGUUCAGUGCACGCCCUUUGUACAUUGAGGAGUUGGCAGAGUUAGCAGCCAUGGAUAUGAAUGCAGAACCUUUUGAGGAAAUCGAGUGUCUCUGGGAUCCAGCAGAUGUGCUUAAUAUCUGUCCUAAUCUAUUAACCACUAUCGAGGAGCAUCCUGAAGACAGCGAAAAAGAACCAAGAUUACUAGUCAGAUUGGCGCAUAUUUCAAUUCGAGAGUACCUUUUAUCGAGCGAGAUUGUGAAAGGAUCGGCUGCUCGGUAUCAUAUUGAGAAACCAAGCGCCCAUGCCUCGAUAACCGACUGCUGUUUGAUGUACUUGCGUUUAGUCAAAGACACGAUUCCCGAGGCUGCUGAAAAUCUUCCGUUGGCCAUCUACGCUGCGAAGAAUUGGUUAUUCCAUUACGAACAAGUGCCAGAAACAGCUACUGAAACACACGCACUGGCCUUGGAUUUUUUUCUUCAUCGGCAAAACACCUACUUCAAAUGGAUUGCAUAUUUCUCCUCGGCCACGCCGCCACAUUUUCACGGUGAUCUGAUAGGCCCGAUUCCAUUGUCACCAUUAGAAGUUGCUAGCACAUAUUCUCUCGUGACUCUUCUUAAAAUGAUGCUCGACAGUGACGAUAUUGAUACUAAGAAUGAGUUUAUUCUUAAAAAAGCGCUACGUGCUGCGUAUCUUGGUCUUUUCUGGGCCCAGAAUAAGGUGGCCACAGUACGAUUGCUCCUGCAACACGGCGCUGAUUUCACCGGUGACGCAAAAUUCGUCACGACUCUUCAUGCAGCAAGUUACUUUGGCUUUGAUGAGAUAGUCGAAGAAGAAUUGGAUGAGGGAUCUGAUAUCAAUAAUGUUUGUGGGGAUUAUGUGACAGCUCUCCAAGCAGCUGUUGUCGGGAGGCAUGAUCGCCAGUUUUUCCAGAUGUCAAAACAUUCUUGGCCUUCAGGUUGGCGACGUCCAGGAUAUACGCUUGAGAAAACGGAUCCAAGCACUGUUCGACUUCUUUUGAGCAGGGGAGCUGAUCCCAAACUAUGCGGAGGAAAGGAUGGAUCAGGCCUGCUGGUAGCAUGCUUCAAUGGGGACCUGCCGUGUGUGAGACUUUUACUUGAGCAUGGAGCAGAUCCUAACUUUGGAAGGGGUCCAGAAAGUCGUUAUAGGCAGAGCUGUCUUGCCGCGGCUUCUAUAUCUGGCGAUAUUCGCAUUAUCCAUCUUCUUCUUGAUCAUGGUGCUUACACAAACAACCGUGCAGCGUUAAGUGCAGCCACGGAAACAAACGAUCCAGACAUUCUGCGCUUACUUCUCGACAAAGGCAUAGAUCCAAAUUUGGAAAGAGUGAUGGAUGAAACACCACUUCAAGUCGCUUCUUUCAACAGCAACCAUAAAGCCGCCGAACUACUAAUCCAAUAUGGUGCUAAGACUGACAUUGGCGGUGGUCGUUUUGGAUUUCCUCUACAAAGUGCCUGCGCUAGCUAUGGUUCUGUGGAAGUUGUUAAAGUUCUCUUAUCGAAUGGUGCCGAUGUGAAUCAAAGAGGAGGCGCAUUUGGAACGGCAUUGCAUACAGCUGCGUUCUAUGGUGACCUUGAAAUGGCCCAGUAUCUUAUAGAUCACGGUGGAAAUAUACAUGCCAAAGGAGUCAUGUUCGACUCUGUUCUGAGGCACGCUAUCCAAAAUGGACAUACCGAUAUAUUUAUAGCACUGUUCAAAGAAGGAGCAGAUAUGGAUACGCCCGGCGGACGAUAUGGAGACACUUUACGUCAGAUGCUGGCUACUGCGCCAGUAGAAAAGGAUGAAAUAUGGCUAAGGACUUUUGAGGAUACCAGACCACAGUUUUCAUCUGAGUCAUUGUGUGCUAUAGUACGGAAAGGAGAGACGUGGCAGGAUAUAGACAAUAUUGUUAUUGAUGACAGGGGGAGUGUUACUGGGGUAGAAGCUUCCCAAUGGGACUGUGUACUACCACAUUGA